UAACCAACCCCCAAAAAACAAAGUCGAGACCAGAGCAUGACCGGAAGAAUAACGGAGAAAAGGAGGAGAUUAUAUGCUUUACCUGGGUCUGGUGUGCGGUUGUCUUCUAAGUCGGAUUCGGUGCCUAAACGCAGCAGCAAAUCCUAUCUGGCUUUGGAAUGCAAACUUGCAAAGAAGCUCCAUCCUGACACAAACAAAGAUGAUCCUGAGGCUGAAAAGAAGUUUCAAGAAGUUUCAAUUGCAUAUGAGGUUUUGAAGGAUGAGGUAAAACGCCAACAGUAUGACCAGAUUGGCCAUGAUGGGUUUGUAAACCAACAAAGCUCUGGUUUUGGAGGCAACAGUGGCUUUAAUCCAUUUGAGCAGAUAUUUCGUGACCAUGAUUUUGUCAAGAGCUUUUUUCAUCAGAAUAUUGGUGGAGAAGAUGUCAAGACUUUCGUUGAACUAUCUUUUAUGGAAGCUGUCCGGGGAUGCACCAAAACUAUUACAUUUCAAACAGAAGUGCUUUGUAACACUUGUGGGGUCUACAGCGACGCGGCGAACGACGAGGUGGGGGGUCGUGUGGUGGCUCGGGCCAAUAUCGAUUAUGGGACAGUGGAGAUUCUUGGGUACGAGUGGGUAGAUGGGGAAGUCGGUAUCUACUUCUCCUCCUUCUCGGAUCAAGGUUUGCUAAACAAGUUCGUGAAGUUGGAGAAGUGUUUCGGGAGUGGGGAGGGUGAGUUGCCUUUGAUUGCUGACGAGGGCCCGGACACCGAUUUUGUGUUCUUGGACCGUGGAGUCGAGGAGAGCGACUUCUUCUACGCUUACAUGUGUUGGUUCCAAGAUUUGGGCAUAAAGCUGCCCUUUGAUGAUUUUCAAAUAGGGGGGUCGGACUUGACGAGUUGCUUCUUCGACCGCGAAGGGUCGAAGAUGUUCCCUUUCUACUGGAUGAAGACCCCGACACGUUUCGAGGCCAUGGCCGCGUCUGGGCUCCCUGCCGAGGAUCAAGAGAUUGUUGCUUUCCUUGACAAAUUGCCGAAGGGCUUGCCUGUCCGAGGCCUUUUGGAUAUUUUCGAAAUUUCAAACUUUGAGUUAACAUUGCUAGGACUAAUGGCUAGAACCGGUGACGAUAUAGAUGUUACUGCCAUGCUCGCCAACCGAACUAAAGCGGCUCCUCUUAAGAUUCAAAGAAAUAAGGAUAUUCUAGAUCUUCUAAGUAUCUAUGAUAUUUACAACAAAGGACAAAAAGGGUUGACUGAUUUGCAUGUUUGUACAUUUGCAGGGAUUGACAACAAUGAAACUAUAAAGAUUUAUAGAAGUGGGGGUGCAGAUCCUGAUGGAGAUAACCCUGGUGAUCUUUAUGUUACUAUGAAGGUCAGGGAAGAUCCUGUCUUCCGUAGAGAAGGAUCUGAUAUUCAUGUAGAUGCUGUCUUAAGUAUCACUCAGGCUAUUUUGGGCGGAACCAUUCAGGUCCCAACUCUUACUGGAGAUGUUGUUCUUAAGGUUCGACCUGGCACCCAACCUGGUCAGAAGGUGGUUCUGAAAAAGAAAGGGAUCAAGACAAAAAAUUCUUACACAUUUGGAGAUCAAUAUGUUCAUUUUAACGUUAGCAUUCCAAAGUGAGUGUUGCAUUUGAUAUUGUUGAUUGUUGUUUAUGAACUAUGAAAGUGCAUGAUUGGAUUUCCAUUUGCAAAGAGCUCCAAACCUGGGUUUUUAGUAAAAGCUUGGCCUCAUGUAACUUUUGUCCAAAACAUGGUAUGGAGGCUUCAAAUGGGAAUUAACCUCACUUGCUCACCUGACAAAUAAAGAUAGUGUGAGAUCUGUUGUAAAAAAAAAUGAU